AUGUUUUCAAAAAUCCUUUUCACUCUUUUACCUAUACUAGCAACCGCCUUCCCAGGCCUCCACCAAUCUGCUCCCAUCCUCAACCGCCAAACCGACCCAACCCUCUUCCCCGAAUACCCCGGUCUCCCUAACCACAGUCUCUACACCAAAUUCGACCCCAUCGCGCAACGCAUCUCCACAACCGGCGUUCACGCCUGGGCACCACCAGGACCCAACGACAUCCGCGGUCCCUGUCCGGGUCUCAACGCGGCCGCAAACCACGGCUACAUCUCUCGCUCGGGCGUCAUCGGCCGUAACGAUGUGUUUAACGGGUUGAAAGCGGCGUUUAACUUUGAUGCUGGACCGGCGGCGGUGUUCUAUGCGUUAGCGGUGCUCUUUGAUGGGGAUCCGUUGACGGGAAGGUUUAGUAUUGGGUUUCAUAGUAAGGAUACGAAUGGGAUUCCGAUUUUGGGGAGUUUGUUGGGGAAUGAGACGGGUAUUUGUGCUUAUGGCCACAACCACAUCGAAGCCGACGCCUCCAUGACCCGCGGCGAUUGGCUAGCACCGAGCCAAAAUUCCAACUGCGCAUCCUACCCCGAAUUCGGUCAACAACUGCUCGACCUAGCCCUCCUCCGUAACGGACCCUCCGGCAACAUCACCCCCCGUGUCCUCGCCGAACACGCCCUAAACCGCCGUCAACACUCCAUCUCCACAAACCCCAACUACUUCUCAGCCCCCUUCGCCGGCCUCUUCAUCAAUUUCGGCGCCCACAUGCUCGCCUAUACCAUCCUCGCGAACCACUUGGCCGAACACCCGCGCGGCUAUCUCUCACCCGAGAGCUUUAUGUCGCUCUGGUCCUAUAGCCGAGACGCGGAUGGGAAUCUGACGUAUACAUACGGGCAUGAACGUAUUCCGGAUAUCUACUACAAAGCAGCGGCGGAUGAUCAGUGGACUGUUCAGGACUUCCUUGUCAGUAGCGCACAACGCUGUCUUGCGUGGCCGGAAUCGUGUCAAGUUGGCGGGAACACGGGGACUGUGAACUCGUUUGCGGGUGUUACACUAGGCGAUAUCUCCGGGGGUCUCGUGAAUGCUGUUGAGGACUUUCAGGAUCCUGUGAAGCUUGGGUGUUUUCUAGCACAAGCUGUAAAGGCUGAGACUCCGGGGUUCUUGUCGAAUGUGUUUUCGGGUGCGUUGUUGAGCUCGGCGUUGGGUCUUGUUACGUCGCUGCUUAAUCCUGCGCUUGCUUUGCUUGGAGAUUGUCCUAAUUUGCCGGCUGGAAGGGCGGUCUUUGAGCCGAAUAGCGUGUUUCCUGGUGCGAGACCUCAGAAGAGUGGAAAGCGUAAUCCCUUUUGA